AUGAGGGUCGACGUAGCGAGUCCGGUCCUAGACACCACAAACGGACUCACUCCAGAGAGCAGCGACUCGGAUGAGACCGGAGCGAGCAUUAACGGCCAUGGAGAACAGGGCAUUCAUGACUCGGUUCCCGGCUUUAUCCCCAUUGCCAUCUGUGGCAUGGCGUGUCGACUUCCCGGUGGGAUCAGGUCUCCGGAGCAAAUGUGGAAUUUCCUACUCAACAAAGGAGAUGCGCGAUCCAGGGUGCCGGAAUCUCGCUACAAUAUCGAUGCUUACUACUCUCCCGUGGACAAGCCGGGAAGUAUCAAAACACAGUAUGGGUACUUCCUUGAUGACGACCUGAGCAAGGCCGACGGCUCUCUUUUUACCAUGUCGCCGAUGGAGCUGGGGCGAUGCGAUCCACAGCAACGACUCAUGUUAGAGGUUGCAAGAGAAUGCAUUGAGGAUGCCGGAGAGGUGGAUUGGAAGGGAACUAGGACCGGAGUUUACAUGGGCAACUUCGGCGAGGACUGGAGCGAGAUGUCUGAUAAAGAGUCGCAGCAGUAUGGUGUCUACCGCUUGGCCGGCUUAGGGGACUUCGCCCUCGCCAACCGAGUAUCCUAUGAGAUGGACCUCCAAGGGCCCAGUAUGACCAUUCGAACAGCGUGUUCCUCAUCACUGGUGGCCCUGAAUGAAGCGUGCUUAGCUAUCGCUCGGGGUGACUGCAAGUCCGCCAUCGUGGGCGGUGCAAGCCUGAUACUUACUCCAACCAUGUCCAUCAAAUUGACCGAACAGGGUGUCUUGUCACCUGAUGCUUCUUGCAAAACCUUCUCUGCAGAUGCCAAUGGAUACGGCCGUGCUGAGGCCAUCAAUGCAGUAUACGUCAAGCCCUUAACUGAUGCGAUUAGGGCUGGGAACCCCGUGCGAGCCGUCAUUCGUGGGACGGCCACCAACAGCGAUGGGAAAACGCCGGGAAUGACAUAUCCAAGUGUCGAAGCACAAGAGGCCUUGAUCAGGCGUGCAUAUACAAUUGCAGGAAUUGCCGACUAUGCGGCGACUCCGUUCCUUGAGCUACACGGAACUGGCACCGUGGUUGGAGACAGAAUCGAAACAAACGCAGUUGCCAAGGUGUUUGGGGACAGUGGUACCUAUAUUGGCUCGGUGAAGCCCAAUCUCGGCCACUCGGAGGGAGCAUCCGGCCUGACCUCGGUGAUCCAAGCGGUGCUAGCCCUCGAGAAUCGCAUCAUUCCUCCCAAUAUUAAAUUCACCUUGCCCAACCCGAGCAUCCCUUUUCAGCCAGCCAAGCUCCAAGUCCCAGUCGAGGCGACCCCCUGGCCUGAGUCGCGCAUGGAACGAAUCAGCGUCAAUUCCUUCGGAAUUGGAGGCAGCAAUGCCCAUGUGAUCCUUGAUUCGGCUUCGGCUCACAACGCCUCUCCUCGGCGAGAAGAGGCCUCGGACCAUCCCCAAUUGCUGGUGCUGUCGGCCAGCUCACCCGCAUCAUUGGAGACGAUGAUCGAGGAUUAUCGGGCGUACUUGUCGAAUCACGCAGAAGCCAUAGAGGAUCUUGCAUUCACGCUGGCAAAUAGGCGUGAGCAUCUCCCCUACCGGGCCUUCGUGGUGGCGAGCAGAGAACAGCCCGGGAGUGCUUCGGCGAUUGCUAAGCCCGCCCCAACCCCAAAUGUUGUCAUGGUCUUCACGGGUCAAGGCGCGCAAUGGCCACAAAUGGGUCGUGAUUUGCUGCGGUCCAAUGCCGUCUUCCGGGCUAGCAUCAAGGGCCUCGAUCAGCACCUCAAGGGUCUUGGGGCGGCCGGGCCAACUUGGACGAUUGAGGCUGAACUGCGCAAGCCUGCUAAGACAAGUAAGCUUGGUACAGCGGAGCUGUCCCAGCCACUAUGCACAGCCAUCCAGAUAGCCUUGGUUGAUAGCCUUGCUGCUGUCGGUAUUGUACCGGACGCAGUUGUGGGACACUCCAAUGGUGAAAUUGCAGGAGCUUAUGCUGCUGGUGCUCUCACGGCUGCGGAAGCCAUCACCGCAGCUUUUCAUCGAAGAGCCAUAGCUCAAAGACAGACGCGCCCUGGCGCCAUGGCAGCCAUUGGCAUGAGCUGGGAAGAGGUCAAAGAAUUCCUGGUGCCAACUGUCGGUGUCGCUUGUGAGAACUCCCCCAAGAGUGUUACCCUCUCGGGCGACGCCGACAAGGUGGAGGCUGUUGUCUCCAAGAUUCAAAAGUCUCGACCAGAUGUGCUCGCUAGGCUCCUGAAGGUGGACAAAGCAUACCACUCUUACCAUAUGGCGGAGGUCGGAGGGGACUAUUACAAUCUGGUUGGCCCGAAUGUACUUGGGCAAUCCCCGGCGAAGCUUUUCUUCUCGAGUGUCACCGGCAAGUUGCUCUCUGAGAACGAAGCACUCGGUGCGCGCAUUUGCCGUCAUUCGAUAGGCAAAAAUGCCGUAUUCUUGGAAGUCGGACCCCAUUCCGCACUCGCAGGUCCUGUCCGUCAGAUCCUGUCCGACAAUUCAAGCACGGCACCGUAUGUUGCCGCGAUGCUUCGCCAGCAAAGCUGCACCGAUGCGCUACUCUCCGCCAUUGGCAAGCUAUACACGCUACAUGUCUCCAUCGAUUUCGCGGCGAUGUUCCCAACAGGCACCUGUCUCCCAGACCUGCCCCGAUAUGCCUGGAAUUACGAAAAGAGCUACUGGCAUGAAACUCGUGUGACUAGAGAAUGGCGUCAGCGUCAACAUGGUUACCAUGACCUCCUUGGUGUCAAGGCAACGGAGUGUACCGAUUUUGAGCCUGUGUGGCGCAACAUGUUCCAUGUUGAUAACGCUCCAUGGGUUCGCGAUCAUAAGGUCAAUGAUGACAUAGUCUUCCCAUUUGCUGGGUAUGUUGCUAUGGCCGGAGAGGCUGUGCGACAGGUCACUGGGGUUCAGGAUGGCUUCCAGGUCCGUAAUGUAUUAGCGACCACGGCCCUCGUUGUUAACGAGGGAAAGCCGGUGGAGAUGGUCACUACCUUGCGUCGACACCGUCUGACCCAUUCCGAUGAUAGCGAGUGGUGGGAGUUCACGAUUGGAUCCCACAAUGGGCAUGUGUGGACUAGACACUGCACCGGACAAGUGCGAGACCAGGUUGGCAGUCUGGGGCCUGGCGAGGCUAUACCUCAGCUCCCCCGAAAAAUUGGCUCCCGGCAAUGGUACGAUGUCCUCCGCCGAGGAGGCCUCGAAUUUGGCCCGCGCUUCCAGUGCAUGGAGGAUAUUCGGUCUUCGACCAACUUCCCUGGCCGAUCCACGGCGCACAUUCAAAAUCACGGACAGGGCGACGAGUCGAUGUACCACCUUCAUCCCGUUGUCAUUGACGCCUCUCUACAACUCCUUGUCUGUGCAGCUGCAUACGGUCUUGGCCUCAAGCACCGAAACAAUGUGGCAACCGGGGUUGGGGCGUUGAGUAUCACCCGCUGCUCAUCCAACCUAGUGGCCAGUGCAUCUGCAGCCUUCACUUAUAAUGGCUCAGUCAGCGGUGAGGGACAAUGCAUUGGGGAUGGCCAGGUUGUCUUGCGAAUGUCCGGGGUCAGGCAUACUGUGCUGGAGGCACCUGAGACUGGAGAUACUCACGCUGCUGCCCAUCAGGUGUGGGGACCCCAUAUUGACUUGGUCAAUCCGGGGUCGCUCCUGAAGCCAUCCAUCGACAAGGCCAUGUAUAUGCCAACGUUAAACGAGCUAGCUCAGCUGUGCAUGUUGCGUUCUUGGAAAUCUAUCGCCGGUCUCCAAGCCAACUUGCCCCACUUGCAGAAGUAUCAGGCUUGGUUGGACACCGAGAUCCAUUCUAGGGAGCCUCUUUCGCCCGCCUGGAAGCAUCUGGAUGAAAAGGGGCUGCUUGACCGAAUAAAUACUCGGGUGAAACAUCUCUCGGAAACCCCUGCUGCCCCUGCUGCUGCUGCUAUAUCCCUUGUGUCGAGUGCUUCGAAAAGCCUCUUAUCCGGGGAGCGAGAGGUGUUCGACCUCCUUGAUGAAGGGGAUACAGGAAUCAAUCUUCAUUCUUUCAUCGAAGACUUUGAUCCAUCUUUGCUCCUUCAUGUUCUGGCGCACAGCAGACCCAAUCUCCGCAUCCUAGAACUGGGGGCUGGUUCUGGGGCCAGAACCAGCAAGAUCCUCGCCCAUCUCGAAUCAUUUUAUUCCAAGUACACCGUGUCUGACCCUUCCUCUAGCUUGAUUACCACGGCCAAGGAGCGCCUCCAGGGCGUGCAGAAUCUAGAAUUUACGACAUUCGAUAUCAGCAAGGAUCUGGAGGAGCAGGACUUCGGCGAGAGGCAGUACGACCUCAUUAUUGCCACUAAUGCCCUCUAUAAAACGGAGUCACUUGGCGCAAGUCUGACCAAUGCCCGAAAGCUUCUUCAUCCCCGGAGGAGACUGGUACUGCAAGAGCUUUGUCCCUCAUCCAAAUGGAUUAAUUACAUCUUCGGUCUACUUCGUGGUUGGUGGCUGGGCGCGGAGGAUGGUCGCACAUCUGAGCCAUAUGUUGACAUGAAGAGAUGGGAGCGUGAGCUGGAGAAGGCCGGCUUUGAUGGGUUCGAUACUGUAGUCCCCGACUCAGAUGAACCAUUCCAGUUGACAGCUGCGGUCGUGGCCUGGCCCAAACCAGCGGUCGAUGUUGUUAAGAAAGUGACCCUACUCGCCGCGGACAACGCCAGCGAUCUGGGGCCUAUGCUGGAGGAGCUCCAGAAACAAAACUACCAAAUUUCCCGUUGUACGAUUCAUGGUCGGCCUCCCGCUGGCCAGGAUGUGAUUUCUCUCCUAGACCAAAAUGCCCCGUUCUUUGAGGAGUUAACUGCCGGGACUUUCGACCGACUUAGAGCCUUCCUUGCUGGACUGGGUCCAAGGCUUCCUGGUCGAUUGGGGGACCUUCGCUGGUCCCGUCAGCCGGUAAAGCAGCUGGUGGGAAACCAGGUCGAGGUCGAGGUGUUCUCGGCGGGCUUGAACUACCAGGAUGUGCUGGUUGCCACAGGUGCCCUGGAGCUCCCCGUGCCCGUGUUUGGGCUUGAAGCAUCCGGUGUAGUCCAUCGAACAGGCCCCGAGGUCAAGCAUCUCCAGGUGGGCGAACGCGUCAUGGGUCUUGUUCAGGGAGCCCUUUCUUCAGUCGUUCAAGCGUCCGAAAUGCUCUUUGCCCCCAUUCCGGAUCAACUGAGCUUCAAUGAGGCCGCCACUUUGCCCUUCUCCUAUGCGACCGCCCUCUACAUUUUGACGGAAAUCGGCCAUGUCGAGGCUGGUCAGUCCAUUUUGAUCCAUCAAGGGUGCAGUGGCGUUGGCCUCGCUGCCAUCCAGUUGGGCCAGAUCAUAGGCGCCGAGAUCUUCGCCACCGUUGGCAACGACAACCAGCUUUCGUACCUGGUGGAAACCUUCGGUCUCCCACGCGACCAUCUCUUCCUUGAUGCCAAUGGUUUGUGGGUAGAUGGGAUCAAGGCUCAAACCCAGGGACGCGGUGUGGAUGUCGUCCUGAACUCAAUCGCUGGGGAGUCUUUGCACGCAUCCUGGCGCUGCGUUGCCGAGUUCGGCCGGAUGAUUGAACUUGGGAAGAAAGACAUCCUGGGCGCGGGCAAACUAGACAUGGAUGUUUUCCUCCUCAACCGCAGUUACUGCUAUGUGGAUGUAGAUCGGAUCCGGGCGGGCAAGCCUUCAACAAUCGCGCGUCUCCUACGCGACACACUCGACUUCUACCGGAAGGGUCUGAUCCAGCCCAUCCAUCCUGUCCAAAUAUUCGGGGCAUCGGGCAUUCUAGACGCAUUCAGUGAUGUCCAACGAAGUGAACAUACUGGCAAGACUGUCGUCGAACUGCGUCAGUCAGGGGAAACCAACCUCCUCCCGCUCGAUGUUGCAAAGCGGAGGAUGACUCCCCAGUUCAACAGCUCCUCCUCCUAUCUUCUGGUAGGAGGCCUCGGAGGUCUUGGUCGAACUGUCGCCAUCUGGAUGGUCGAGCAUGGAGCCCGCCAUUUGAUCUUCCUGUCCCGCAAUGCCGGCAGUGGCCCCCAAGAUCAAUCGUUUGUCCACGAGCUUGCGACCAUGGGUUGCGAGGCACAUCUCGUCAAAGGCAGUGUGUCCGACAUGGCAGCCGUCACACAAGCGAUCCAGGUCUCAACGGCCCCUCUCAAGGGCGUGCUCCAGAUGUCCACGGUCCUUCGAGACCAGGCAUACCCCAAAAUGACCUGGGACGACUGGUCAGCGGCCACAUCCCCCAAGAUUCAGGGGACCUGGAACUUGCACAACGCGACGGUGGCUGCCGGAAUCGACCUGGACUUCUUUGUUCUGUUCAGCUCGAUAUCCGGCAUCAUCGGCCAGCCGGGUCAGGCCAACUACGCCAGUGCGAACACCUUCCUCGACGCUUUCCACGAAUACCGCUCAGGUCUGGGACUGGCCUCCUCCGUCCUCCAGCUCGGUCCCGUCGACGAUGUCGGUGUCUUCUACGGCAACGAUGACAUGUUACGCCAAUUGAAAUCGGCGGGUUUCUACUGUAUCCGGGGUAAGGAGGUUCUCGAUGCCCUCGUCCUAGCCACCUCCCAUCCAACCAGUUUCUCCGUGGGCCUUAGAUCCACCACGUCGCUUGAUAGCGAGAACAACCGCUUGGUAUGGCGCAAGGAUCCGCGCAUGGCCGUCUACCGAAACAACUCGGGCGGUGGAGCGGCCGGUGGUGACGGAGCAGCAGCAGCACAUAACGAGCUGAAAGGGCUUUUGGCCACGGCCCGAGCAGAUCCCAGCGCACUCGAGAAGCCCGAGACAAUCGAGCUCCUGGCGCGAGAGAUCGGUCGCAAAGUGUUAGGCCUUCUCUUGAAGCCGGAGGAGGAUCUGAACACGUCCUUGGGACUGGCUGAUCUGGGGAUGGAUUCUUUGGUGGCCAUCGAGAUGCGAACUUGGUGGAAGCAGACCUUUCGCUUUGAUAUUAGUGUCUUGGAAAUGUUGGGCAUGGGGACAUUGGAGGUUCUCGGGAAACAUGCGGCAGAGGGGUUGAGGAGACCGUUUGAGCAGUAG